AGGUUCUGAAUCCUGUGCUUGGAGAACCAGAUAGGACUCUGGAACAGGAGGAGCAGGAGAAGUCUGCAUUGGAAGCUCUACCUUCUCCUGGGGAGAUGCAGAGUCUCAGGCCUGAGCAGACACGGGGGCUGCUGGAGCCAGAAAGGGCCAAGUCACUACUACCUCGGGAAAGCAGGGCCUGGGAGAAGCCGCCCCAUCCCAACUUCACCAAGGAUUGGGAGGCUGUGGAGGUUGGAGCCUCUAGCUGUGACAGUGAUGAGAAAGACCUGUCUUCUCAAGAGACAGGACUUUCCCAGGAGUGGAGCUCGGUGGAGGAAGAUGAUGAGUCAGAGGACUCCCAGGGAUUUGUGGAAUGGUCAAAAGCUCCACAACAAACAACCAUAGUCUUGGUAGUAUGUGUUCUUUUUUUGUUCCUAGUUUUAACGGGGAUGCCUAUGAUGUUUCACAUUUAACUAAGGGUGGCUGUUGUUAUGCAGUACAUGCUCUGUGUCAUGUUGAGGGAGUGUCCUGGUUAAAAAUCAGGAAUAGAUAUUGAAUAUUAUCAAAUGCCUUUCAAACAUCCAUUGAGAUGAUUUUUAAAAACUUUUUUGGUGUGAGGUUUUACAUUACUAUAUUUCAUUGACAUUAAGAUGCCUUUGAUUAUAAGACAUAUUAUUUUAUAAAUAUCACUGAGAAAGAAAAUGCUAAUUAAUCGUAAGAUGCCACCAAAUAGAAGAUCCUCACUCCAGAGAAAGUGAAAAAAAAAAAAAAAGUGUAACU